GCAGGUCCAAACACGAAGAUGGAGUGUUCCAAAAUUAUCAAUUUUGGAAACCAGCUUCUUCGCCGGAAAAAUGUGGACUGCACUCGAGAAGACAGUCGGCUCUCGCGAUGCCUCAAUACAUUUGACUUAGUGGCUCUGGGUGUAGGCAGCACUUUGGGUGCAGGUGUCUACGUACUGGCUGGAGCCGUAGCACGGGAAAAUGCAGGACCUGCCAUCGUUAUCUCCUUCUUGAUUGCUGCCUUGGCUUCGGUACUGGCUGGACUCUGCUAUGGAGAAUUCGGUGCUCGAGUUCCUAAGACGGGAUCAGCUUAUCUCUACAGCUACGUGACUGUGGGCGAGCUGUGGGCCUUCAUCACAGGGUGGAAUUUAAUCCUCUCCUAUGUUAUCGGAACCUCGAGCGUGGCCAGAGCCUGGAGUGCGACAUUUGAUGAAAUCAUAGGCCAGCAUAUUGAAGAAUUUUGUAAAAAAUACAUGACGAUGCAUGCUCCCAGAGUGCUAGCAAAAUACCCAGACAUCUUCGCCGUGGUGAUAAUCAUCAUCUUAACAGGGCUUUUAAUUUUUGGUGUGAAGGAAUCUGCCCUGGUGAACAAAGUGUUCACCUGCAUCAACAUCCUUGUUCUCGGCUUCGUUGUGGUCUCUGGCUUCGUGAAAGGGUCUGUUAAAAACUGGCAGCUGAGUGAAAAUGACAUAUACAACAGCAGCAUUCAUGGACACAAUCAAACACAGGAAGAAAAAUAUGGUGUUGGAGGUUUUAUGCCCUAUGGAUGGAAAGGAGUCCUCUCAGGGGCAGCCACGUGUUUUUAUGCUUUCGUGGGAUUUGACUGUAUUGCUACUACAGGCGAGGAGGUAAAAAACCCUCAGAAGGCCAUUCCUAUUGGCAUCGUGGCGUCUCUGCUCAUCUGCUUCGUGGCUUAUUUUGGUGUGUCAGCUGCCCUGACGCUCAUGAUGCCUUACUACCAGCUGGAUACCAAUAGCCCUUUACCCAAUGCCUUUAAAUAUGUGGGUUGGGAUGGAGCCAAUUACGCAGUGGCUGUCGGUUCCUUGUGUGCGCUUUCUACGAGUCUCCUUGGCUCCAUGUUUCCGAUGCCUCGAAUAAUUUACGCUAUGGCAGAAGAUGGACUUCUCUUUAAAUUUUUGGCUAAAGUCAAUGAGAAGAGAAAAACUCCAGUAAUUGCAACAGUUACAUCAGGGGCCGUUGCAGCUAUUAUGGCCUUUCUCUUCGACUUGAAAGAUCUUGUGGAUCUCAUGUCAAUCGGGACCCUCCUGGCUUACUCCUUGGUGGCAGCCUGCGUGCUGGUACUGAGGUAUCAGCCAGAGCAGCCUAAUUUGGCAUAUCAGAUGGCCAGGACAACAGAGGAGACGGAUAACAAUGAAUCUGUGAGCACCAGUGAGUCACAGGCUGGAUUUCUGCCGGAGGAAGAGGAGAAAUGUUCCCUCAAAGCCAUACUGUGUCCCCCAAAUUCAGACCCUUCCAAAUUCUCUGGCUCGGUGGUGAACGUCUCAACCUUCAUCAUUGGUUUCCUUAUCGUGGGUAGCUGUAUCCUGACUGCCCUUGAGCCAAGCAUUCUGAUAAAGGCUGUAUGGAUUAUAGCUGCCAUCCUUGUUCUUGUUGUCAGCUUCGUUAUAUGGAAACAGCCUGAAAGCAAAACCAAGCUCUCCUUUAAGGUACCUCUUUUGCCCAUUCUUCCUGUUGUGAGUAUUUUUGUGAAUGUUUACCUCAUGAUGCAGCUAGACCUAGGCACAUGGAUACGAUUUGCAGUCUGGAUGCUCAUAGGCUUUAUCAUCUACUUUACCUAUGGAAUAUGGCACAGCGUGGAAGCCACCUAUGCAGCCUCAGCAGAUGCGGAGAGAAACACGGAUGCUGGUUCAGACAGCUGUAAAUGA